UCUUCCCAUUAGGGAAGUUUUGGCAUACAAGCUCCCCCCGUUUCUCCUUUUUCAUUUUCUCUAUUUUGUUUAGCAGAUAUUAAAAUCCAACAGUUUCAUGUUCUGGAGAUAGAUUGAUUGAUAGAUAGAUUGAGAACCUUUUUCCCUGGCUGGAGCUUACUAAUAGCGAUGGCCAUAGUUAUGCAAGCCUCUCCUCUUUUUUCUGCUACUUCUCUCAUCAGUAGGAGAAACUUCAACGAUUACUAUUUUGGCUCCGUUCAACCUCCCAAAUCCAGUUUUAAGCACUUUAUCCCCAAAGCCAUAAAACAGACAAGAGAAGAAACAAAUAUCCCAUCUCCUUCACCUGAGGAAAUUACCCAAAAAUAUGGUCUCGAAGCUGGUCUUUGGAAGAUAUUCAGUUCAAAAGAGGGGAGAAGGGAAGAUGAUGGCGAGGAAAAGAAAUCAAAGGGAGAGCAAGCUAAGGAGCUUCUAGCAAAAUAUGGAGGAGCAUACCUGGCCACCUCCAUUACACUGUCCUUGAUCUCCUUCUCUCUCUGUUAUGCACUCAUUAGUGCAGGAGUCGAUGUCCAAGCUUUGCUGCAGAAGGUGGGAAUUUCUACUGAUGAGACAGGGGAAAAGGUUGGGACCUUUGCUUUGGCAUAUGCUGCACACAAGGCUGCAUCUCCAAUAAGGUUUCCCCCUACUGUAGCUCUCACUCCCAUUGUUGCCAGUUGGAUUGGCAAGAAAGUAGAUAACGAGAAGUAACUCAUAUGUGAAUUGUGCGCGUUAUGUUCUUGUUCUACAUGAUCUCGAGUCUCAGAAUUUCAUUUUAGAACUCUCUGAAAUGAACCCAGCUAAUAUAUAAGACCACAGAUACUUGGCAUUGAUGUCUCACAGACAACUAAGGUUAGCAUUUUGAAUCAAUCCAAGUGAUCUAGGUGAUUGCAGUCACUUUUCCA